CGAGUCAAUCAACAUCAUCACACCAGGCUAUCGCGUCCUCCCACCCAAAAAGAGACCGAUGCCUUCGGUCGCGUUGGAGGCUGAGGGCCUUCGCCUGCACCUCUCCCCCACCAGCAGCACCGGCUACAAGGGCGUGUACAAGGUUCGCGGCCGCAAAAAGUACGUGGCGAUCAGAGGCGUCUACCUCGGCGCGUUUGACACGGCGGUGGAGGCGGCGGUGGCCUACGCGCGGGCGGUGGGGGAGGCGCCGGGGGAGGAGCCGGAGGCGCCGAUCGCCGCGCCACCCGAGGCGGCGCCAGCGGCAGAGGGCAACCGCAAGAAGAAGCGCUCGACCUCCGACUCGGGCUCCUCCAAGCGCGCGAAGGGCGCUUCGCCGGAGGUGGAGGCGGAGUCUGAGGGGCUGCGGCUGCACCUCUCGGGGACCAGCAGCAGCGGCUACCGGGGCGUGUCGCACGCCAAAGCGGGCGCCCAACGCCGGUUCCGAGCGUACCGCGCUUCCGGUGGCAGGCAGGUGUCCCUCGGCUUGUUCGACACGGCGGUGGAGGCGGCGGUGGCCUACGCGCGGGCGGUGGGGGAGGCGCCCCUCCCCUCCUCCCUCGCCGCUGCCCUCCCCCCCUCCACCGCCGUCGGGACCCGCGUGGAGGGGCGGUACGUCCUCGCCGACGGGCGGGCCUCGUGGUACGGCGCCUCGGUCGCGGAGGUCCACGACGGGGGCGCCUUCUUCACGCUGGACUGGGAGGACGGCGACCCGGCGCAGCGGCGGCAGCCCAAGGAGCACGUCCGCUUCCCCCGUGCCUCGGCCCUGCAGGCCCCCACGCCUGCCGCCUCUGCGUUGGCGGUGGAGGAGGGGGAGGACGUGGCAGCGUGGGCGAGGCUGGUGCAGCGCCGGGCGGUCUCGUGGAUCACCGUCCAGCUCGACGGGCCGCCCGGCACCGAGAGCGGCAACAACAUCGUCAACAAGCGGAGGAUGGACCUCUCGGCCGCCUCGCCGGACGUCGCCACGCCGCCACCGCAGGAGGCGGGGGAGGCGGAGGCGGAGGAGGCGGAGGCGGAGGCGGAGGAGGUGGAGGCGGAGGCGGCGGCGGCGGCGGCGGAGGCGGAGGAGGCGGCCGCCGCCGCCGCCAUCACCACCGCCACCGCCAUCACCACCGCCACCGCCAUCACCGCCACCAACACCACUCUGAUCGAGAAUGUGCAGCGUCUGGCGCACGAGCUCGGGCUGGGCGCUGCGCUGCCCCGCAUCCCGGACGUGCUCAGCCAGGCCAACGCCAUGUUCUGCAUCACCCCGCCGCCGAACGCCUCCGCCAUCUCGCAAGCCGACGUGCUCAUGACGAUCGUCUACGGCGCCUGCUGA